GCACCGCAUUUCUUCCCUUUCUCCCUCCUCAGCUCCUCCACCUCUAGUUUCAGAAAAACCUCGUCACUCUGCCCCCAUGCUUUCUCUCCCUCCCUCCGACCCCUUCUCCACCUUCUCCGCCGGCUUCACGCCGUGGGACCACGAUGAGGAUUCCCACGCCCUCUUCUCCCCCAAACCCGUCUCUUCCAGCUCCGGCUCUGACGACAAAUCCGAACCGAACCAACAUGUAUCCGCCUCCUCCACGGCGAUGGAGGAGCGGAAACGGCGCCGCAUGAUAUCGAACCGGGAAUCGGCCCGCAGGUCCAGGAUGCGGAAACAGAGACACCUGGAGAACCUUCGGAACCAGUUGAACAAGUGCAGGGUCGAAAACCGGGAACUGAGUAACCGGUUGCAGUUCGUCCUGCACCACUUGAACCGCCUCCGAACCGAAAACGAAUGGUUACACUCCGAGCGAACCUUGCUCCGCCAAAAAGUCGCCAACUUAACACAAAUUUUGAUUUUCCAACAAUUCCAAACUUUCUCCCCUGCAUGGACAUGCACCAACAACAACACCUCGCUCAUGACAAUUAAUCAAGUUAAUUAAACCCUAUAUAUAUAUAUAGAGAGAGAGAUUUAUAAUAAGGUCUUGGUAAAAAAUUCCAAGUGGUCUAAGAUGUCCUAUAUGUAAUUAUUGUUAAAAGUUAGAUAAAGUCUUAAAGAGAUGGUAAAGGGUGGGAUUUUUGGGAAAAAUAUUAGGCAAGGUUUUGGAAAAUAUUAGUUCAUCUUUUUCAAAACCAAAAGGAUUAUUGUAUAUUGCCGAUUAUAAUAUAUCUGUGUAGAAUAUUAGCUUUUUCUUUU